AUGUUGCCCAGUACUAUGGCCUUCAAGCCAUUCUUGUGCUUGGGCUUACUAUGGACGACCAUCUCAGCAGUCGCUCAAGCAGCCGAACCGCAAAUACCGACAUCGAUAGUAGAAACCGUGCCGACGUGCGCGAGGCCAUGCUUCCAAUCAUGGAUAUCAGCAAACCUCGAUCUCACCUGUGGAGGAAAGACCCCAUCUUUACGAUGCAUGUGCAAGCAGACAGGCGGCGGAGGAUAUACACUAGGGGAGGGAGCAGUAGCCUGCAUGAUUGGCGAGAAGGAGUUGGGAAACUGCAAGGACACUACGGCUGGUGUCCAGCACGGCUCAAACCUCAAUCAUGAGCACGAGUCCGAGCUCCGUUCCAAGUGUGGAACCCACGGCUUCCAGCACAACAGCGCCGGCCACAUCAGGUACAUCAGGCGUAUCUGCUCCGGUGGGGCGCCCGCUGAAAAGCAAUCACCGCAACUCACCAGCGCUCAGAUUGCUGGGAUCACGAUAGGUUGUGUGGCGGUUGUGGCUCUGGGUGCAGCGCUUGUACUAUUGGCUAAAAGCAUCACCGGUCCCGAUUUGCUGGGCAUCAGCUAUCCGAUCCAGAGAAUUCCUUCGUCUUCGCAACCGGGCACUCCUCCGUUUAGGCCCACGAAAGCACCGAGGGCGGACGGCGUUGGUCUGGCGAUCAUGCCUGGAUCCGCUUCGGCGUCAAACUCUCCCAGACCUACAGUGACCAGAGCUACUGCCGGCGCAGCCCCUAUUCUGCCCAUGCCUGCUUUGCCGCCAGCCAUGGUAAUCACUCCGGCUUCCCGGACCCAGACGCCACUUGGUAGGAAGGAGACGCCAAAGCCGAACUUGACUUUGGCUAUUCCGAAGAAUCCAUCAAUGCCCGCUGCUGUCCCAGCCGCUAUCCCGAGGGCUGUUCCUGCCCCAGCUCCCAACGCUGCGCCUCUGACCGGAAGAGAUAGUGUCAUUACCGAGUUUGCAGAGGAUGGCGAAGGAGAGAGCAGGUCGGGUACUGCUAUUUGGCGUCCGCCGCCAAGUGAUCCUCAAUCGGCAACCACCUACUACUUUGCUGAUAAGAAGGGCAACUGGGUCCUCAGAAACUCCACUGUAGGCGCGGGAUCCAAGAACCAAAUGCCACCAUACCCAACCUCUUCUGUCGAGUUGCCAAGCCCGCAAGACAAGACGAAGGCCGAAAGGGCUUAUAUGCCGUACACACCCGGCAUGGUCGUGGCUCCCCUUAGAGUACCCUCCAGAGAGCGGGAGCAGGAUGCCUUUGUGGAAUCACCUGUUGCCAUGAGAGAUGAUGCACAUGCCCGGGAUAACGUGGCAUCCAGCGUCUACUCUGAAUACAACGCUCCUCUGACCGUGGUACCUGGCCCGGAGAACCCCAUGCCCACUAUGCCUUCGUCAGCGCCGUCUGCAAACAACAACGGGAGGAACUUGACAGGCACCAAAACCAAGCGCAAGUCCGUCAAGAGGACGACCCGGCAACGUCGGAUGUCCCAGGACUCUGCCACAGAGAUCGAGUCGGGAGACGAAGAAGAUGAUAGCCAGGAUCUUUCCCCCGUGGCGGAAUCGCCGUACUCGCCGAGCCCUCUUUCUAACGGAAAGUCACCGGUGUCAUAUCCCAAGAUUCACAAGCAGGAAAAGAAUGUGAAUGAGGGCCUGCAGCAGCUUCGCGAUGCUCAACAGGCUCUGGGCAGUGGUACUUCCGGUCCCGAACCCCCCAGGCGCAACUCCAAGCGCAUGUCCAAGCAGCAGGGACAAAGCCAAGCUCAGGGACAGGGACGGUUUCCCAUCAGGAUCGUGACCCCGGAAGAGCGAGAUAACGAGGCAUUCCGCAUGGGUGCAGUUCCCCAUGGAACACCUCAGUUGAUGGUCGGCAUGUCGAGGCCCAUGAACGCUCCUGUUGUUAACGCAAACAGGAACAAGAACCCUGGACAGACGAGGACUGGAUCCCCCGAGGGACGUUUCCCGAUUGCCGUGCCGGUUGAGCACCAGCAACAGCAGCGCCAGCAACCCCAGAGGAGACAAAGCUCAGUAGCUACUGGCCCCAAUGGCUAUUGGAAUGGCCAGCAACAACACCCACAAGGACAGGGACAGGGCUCUGCAUACUACUACCGUGCCCCAUCGCCACGCCAGUGGGAGCAGCAGCAACGCCAGUUGCAGCAAGCUCAACGAGCACAGCAGCAGCCCACCUACUUCCGUCCUUCUCAGGGACACUAUGAGGCUCAGAUGCUGCUGCAGCAGCAGCGUCAAUACAGACCCCAACAGCCUCAACGAUCAUGGCCCAUCUUUGCCCAGCCAGCCCAACCGCAGCAGAACCAGCAUCAGCAUGGAGCUCAGCACCAACACACAAGAACCAACAGUUCUUCCCUGCUCACCAAGCGCCUCGGUGCCGAAAAGGCCGCAGCACUUGCCCUCAACCCCAACCCCAACAGCAGCUCUAACAAGAGCAUCGGCAGACCCGCAAAGGGGUGGGCUAGAGAUGGCCAACAGCAGCAACAGCAACAGCAACAACAGUACUGGCAAGAAGGCCAAGCUCAGAACUGGGGCAACAACAACAACAACAACAACAACGCUAGGGCAACCCUGCCGUCUCAAAACCCGUACGGUGGUAACCCCAACAACACCAAUGAGCGGUUCGUGGACUUUCCGCCGCCGCCGAUCACUCCUGGCUGGGUGCCGGAGUUGACGCCGACGAGGAGGGGGGAUGAUUUAUUUUUGAAUGUGCAGUGA